AUGACAUAUUUGUGCAGCGAAGAUGGCACCCCGUGGGAGCCGACAUCCAGCACGGUCAUAUGCAGCGCGCACUUCGUGGGAAAUGCCAAAAGUUCUGAACAAGCUCACCCAUCGUACAUUCCCACAAUAUUUCCUGCCGUCUACAAGAAGCAGUCAAUGGCUGUGUGCUCAACGUCCGUCGACCGCUACGAAAGGUCCAAGAGGCGGUCACAGCACAUUGAUAGAAAUGCGGUGUACGCGAACACGGGUGACUUUGGCUGUGAUGAUCUGUCCGAUAGCAUGCAAGAUAACAGCAGUGGUGACACUGCUCCUCUGUUGCCCGAUGGUGAAACUCAGUCUGGCAUAUUAUCAGUGGGAACACAGACAGAGGUGGCCAGUGAUGAUGCCAGGAGUGACUUCACAGUUUUCAUCUGUACAACUAGCAACGGCACCAGCUGCACACAGAUCAGCCACCGUACCCAGACUGACAAAGAAGUUCAAGCUGUCCCCGACAUGAAGUCAAGUUUCGCUGGACCCUCUCAGCGCACUUGCCUAUUUCAGGGCUAUGAGACAGUUCAUGAGGACUCCACUACACUGCAGGACUUAUGUGGCACAAGCCCACAGGCAUUCGCCCUGCUCCUCAGUCUCCUCAGCAACCUCCGUGUAAGGGAAAUGGACGUGACUGUACCCAACAAGCUGCUGCUAUUUCUUAUGAAACUGAAGCUGGGGAUAACAUUUACCAGCCUUGGUGCACUGUUUGGUGUCCGACGCUACACAGCAGCAAGGAUAUUUUUCCUCAUCCUGGCAAACUUGGUAGAAGCUACAAGGAAACUGAUAUUUGCACCUUCAAGAGACACCGUCCGAGCAACGCUUCCCCAGUGCUUCUUGGAACACUAUCAUACGUGUAGGUACAUUAUUGACUGCACAGAAGUCAGGACCGAGACUCCAGCUUCAGUAGAAAAACAGCGAACCCUCUACUCCAACUACAAGGGCGGCAUGACUCUCAAGUUUCUUGUUGCUAUUGUUCCCAAUGGACAAAUCGCAUUUGUUUCGGGGGCAUACGGAGGACGUGAAAGUGACACUGCAAUAACCGUGCAGUCUGGCUUUCUGGACCUUAUUGAAACAGGGGACCUCGUUCUAGCUGACAAGGGAUUCCCUGGCAUAAACUCACACCUAGGUGAUAAAGGUGCAAUUCUUGUCAUGCCCCCAUUCUCAUCGGGAAGUGCACAGUUCAGUAGCUCGGAAAUGGAUACCACAUAUCACAUUGCCCAAGUCAGAGUCCAUGUGGAGCGUGUUAUUCAAAGGUUAAAAAUUUACAAUAUUCUUAACCGUACUGUGCCUGCAGACCUUGUCCCGUACAUGCCUGACAUUUUCCGCAUCUGUGCGGUGCUUGUUAAUUUGCAGCCACCAGUUUUUAAACAUGAAAGCAAUUAG